AUGAGUUUCCUCUCUGAACUGAAAAAACAGCGCUCAUUGCUUAAUCACACUAGGACAAGAGUAACAACAGUUGAGGGAAAAACACUUUUGGAGGAAGUAUUACAUGGGGAGCACUUUCAAAAGGAAAUUUCAGAGAACAGCCAGUCUUGUCCUGGUUUUGUGAUUGACACAAAACCAGAUCUCCAAGUGGCUGAAAUAAUUAAAUCUUCAUUGUAUCUUGGAUCACAAGAUGUAACCCAAGAUUUUCAACUAAUGAAAGAUUGUGGUGUCACCCAUGUUAUAAGCUUAGGUGUUCAAGUUCCUCCUCUUCCACAGUUAUCUAACUUGUCCUAUAGUUUCAUUCCUGCUCUUGAUCUGCCUCAUGAGCCCAUAGACAAUAUGCUGAAAAAAACAUUGCCUUUGAUAGAGGAUGUCAUCAGCAAAGGAGGUUGCGUACUUGUGCAUUGUAAUGCAGGAGUAUCUCGGGCACCAACAGUAGUAAUUGCCUUCUUGAUGAGUUACAAAGGUCUUACGUUUAAUGAAGCAAGUGAAUAUGUGAAAAAGAAAAGACCUGCAUCCAAACCAAAUGCUGGGUUUCUCCAGCAGUUGCUGUCACUUGAGAGCAAAGUGAUGAAAGAUGGGACUUAAGACUAUGACAUUCAAAAUAUUUUUCGAAAAGUAUUUAUUUUAUACAGCAGACUGGAUAAUCAGCUGGACAAACUAUAACUCUGGAAUGUGUGACCAGACACCAAUAAAAAAUACAAUGAGACAAUGACAA